AUGCUUCGAGCUUCUCUUAUCCAUAUCUGUAAAUUAGUCAACAUACCGACAACACUUAUUCGCAGGAAUCGGGUUAUCCAUGUGAAGAGAGACUUUGUAACCGAUGCCAUACCUCAAUUUUCUCAAUUUUAUGGUUUCUUACAACCUAAACUUAAAGCUACCUCUCAUAAACCUUCAUUAGGGUCCAAGGUACUGAAUUUAUUAACAAGAAACACUUACAAAACAUAUUCACCCGAAGACACGGGCGAAAUCUUUCAGAAAUGUAAGAACUUGACCCAACUUAAGAACUCG